GCGCCGCAAUUUGGGGAGGGGGAGAGGAGGGGCCGCCGGGGGCGCGCACCGCGGGCUGCAGCGCCGCCGCCCGCAGCCGGACCUGCUCACCCGCGGCGGCGAUGAGGAUCUGGAACUCCGAGCACGUGUUCGGCCACCCAUGGGACACAGUGAUCAAGGCGGCCAUGAGGAAGUACCCGAACCCCAUGAACCCCAGCGUGGUGGGCGUGGACGUCUUGGAGCGCAGCGUGGAUGGCUGGGGGCGGCUGCACAGCCUGCGCCUGCUGAGCACCGAGUGGGGGCUGCCUAGCCUGGUCACUGCGAUUUUGGGAACCAGUAGGACCUUAACGUACAUCAGAGAGUGCUCUGUGGUGGACCCUGCGGAGAAGAAAAUGGAGCUUUGCUCCACCAAUAUCACUCUGCGGAACCUGGUGUCGGUGAACGAGAGACUGGUAUACACCCCACACCCGGAGCACCCCGAGAAGACGGUGCUCACGCAAGAGGCCAUCAUCUCCGUGGAGGGUACAGGCCUCGGCCGCUACCUGGAGAGCUUGAUGGCCAGUACCAUCUCUUCCAAUGCCAAGAAGGGCUGGGCGGCUAUCGAGUGGAUCAUUGAGCACUCUGAGAGCGCCGUGAGCUAAGGGCCACGUCUGUAACCGCUGGUACAGCCUCGGCGGGACCGGUGGGUGUGCGCUCCACUGUAUUGCAGGGAUGUGGCCUGCUCCAUCACCUGUGUUCCCCUGCCCUGCUGCAGAUGCCUAGGGCCGGGCUGCCAGAUCUCCACACACUUGUGUCCAGCUUGGGAAAGACAGAGGCCCCCCCCCCCCCCCCGCAGGACAGUCUGGUCUGAGGCUGGCCCAAGGGCAGCUGUGGGUAGAAUUUGCAAAUUUUUACUUGGUGCUGGAUGGGACCAGGACCCCAGGCGCGCUGGGCAGUGCCAUCACUGACCUGUCCCCAGCCCCGCAUGCACACACAUCCUUGGGGAAAGUUCGUGGUUUUCAGCUGCUGGCAUCACCUUCUGUGUCCCCAGCUUCUGCAGCCUGUGCUGGGCUGAGCAUGUUGGCUACCCUCCCUCUGUCUAUUGGUCUCUCUGGCCCUGCCCCUGUGCUACCUUGGUCUCCGUGGUCAGCUGCCUGUGGAGCUCAGGCGAGGGAUGCAGCUGCUCAUGUUGCCCAGCUGCUGAAGCAGUGGUUUCCAGACUCUGCCUCUACCUUGAUCCCAGGCCUGCUUGGGGCUGUGCACCCAUGGGGAGCUCAUAGGGCUAGGGCUUGUGUGCCUGCUGUGUGCCCCUGUGAGCUGUGGGCUCUGAGCUUUUGUGUCCCCAGGAACCAGCACUAAGCUGCCUCUAUCUGUAACCGGAUCCUCCCUGAUGGAGUCGAAAAAGGUGGGCGUGGAGAGGAUGACAGCAGGCAAGGCCAUGGUGCUGCCAUUUGGGAGAGGAGAAGCCUGCGGACCCCAGAGACCUUGGCUUUGAGCCCCGCCCAGGCCUACGGAGCCCAGACCACCACCCUGGGUGAGGACAUUGCCUUGCACCCACCCUGAGGCCUGGUGCCAGAGUCUCCUGCCAGCCCCAAGUGCCUGUCCUGCAGGACUCCACUCUCCCCUCUCCUCUGGCAGGGCACUGGGCACAGGGUGGUGGGAAUACAUGCACUGGGUGGUGCCAACAGCAUGCCAGGCAGGUGACACCGGAAGCCCAGCACCCUCCUCUAAGGCUGUGUCAGCCCCUGGCUAUUUCUUCCGUGGGGAAAACUGCGGCUCCCAGCAGUCUUUGGGGGACCUGGCCACGUGCUUGGCUUGGGGCUGGCAUCACUCACAGCGUCUUGCUUGAGCUGGGGCCUUUGCAGGAUUUAAAAGUGGGUGACUUUGCCUCACAUGUCUGCCUCACCUUGGACAGGCACAAGCUCAGAGGGGCCUUGCUGCUGGGGUCCCCACAGAACCCCCCAAAAUCACCGCUUCUGGCCUGAGCCAGUGUUCAGUUCCCAGCACAGGUAGCUGGGGGUAGGGGGAGAUUGCCUUUACAGAGAGGGUGCCCUUUGCCCUUCCCAGGGCCUAGGGCACCCUUGGCUGCAUAGAGCAAAGCAGAUCUUUCCACAACAGCUUCCUUGCCCUUUUCUGUCAGUGCUGCCCAAUUCCCAGAUGCAACCUGCAUCCCUGAGACCUGUCCCUAUACUGGUCCCCACAAUCUGGUGUCAGCCAGCGGCUUGGCCUGGUUCUAUUCCCCUUAACCCCGUGCAGUGUGGGUGCUGGGCUCCCAGGGCUGGCCUUUUGUGGGCUGUGUGGUGGUACUGGGUUGACUUGGGGACGGGGUCCCACGGGAUAAGAGCCUUGCUGCCCCCGUUGGGGACACUUGGCCUCAGAAUGGUCCGUGGGGCCUGCAGCUGGGCAUGAGGCUGCCUGCAGCCCCUCCCCAGUGUCUGCCGAGGGCUGUUGCCCACCUCCAAGCCUGGUGAACCUCCCACCUACACCUCUGUGCUGUCGCCUGCUGUGGGGCAGUGUCCCCCAUUCGGAGGCCUGGGCCCCCUCCUGGCCCCUGGACAUCUCCCCACAGAGUGUCCAUCACUGCUUCUUUCCCUGAGAUGGGUAUUGUCAGGGCAACCCUCCCUCCUGUCCCCACAUCGCUGUGGGGUCUCUGAGCCCAGGUGUUUGCACCUUGUCAUAGACAGCCACCCAGUGGGACAGAGGCAACUGCUGAGGGUGCCCAGCUUGGCCACCGGCACUGGAAGGGCUGGGCUGCAGCUUUGCAGAGAGCCUGGCUCAGCGUGCAGCGCCCGCGGACUUAAAUAUGGGACAUGCUCAGAGAAGGGGACCAGGCCAGGGCAGCACAACUGUGUCCUUGUAGUCCCAGCUAUUCAAGAGGCUGAGGCAGGAGAAUUACUUGAGCCCAGGGAUUCAAAACCAGCCUGGACAGCAUAGCAUGAACCAUGUCAAAGAAAAAAAAACUUUAAAAAUUGUGUAUUAAUAAAAAUACAGUUAGCGCAGACUGUGCAAUACCAUAAAAA